AUGAUUGUUAAUAUUGCUGGUGCUUCUUGCAAAAGAAGAGAUGAAUUAAACAAACAUAUUGAUGCUGACAUUUUUGAGAAAUUAGAGACUGGUAAACUUACUACAGGAAAAGGGCUUAAUCAACAGACUAAUCUUGCAAGACCGGGUGAUACUCGUUGGGGUUCACAUCAUGUCACUUUAGCUCGUUUGUUGUCUAUGUGGAAUUCAGCCUUAUAUGUGCUUGAAAGAGUUUAUAAAGAUGGAACUGAACCGGAGCCGAGGGGCAAAGCAAAAUAUCAGAAUAUUAUCACGACGAUGAACUUGAUAGAAGUUUUGAAAGUAAAGCUACAAAACUUGAGAGACAUGGGAUGGGAUGCUUUGUUACAUGAAGUCACCAUGUUUUGUAACAAGCAUGGCAUUGUGGUGCAUGAUAUGGAAGAUCAAUUUCUUAUUCCAGGACGGUCUCGGCGUGCUAGGCACUUGGUAACUUGUUAUCAUCAUCAUCAUAAUGAGGUUUUUCUUCCUGUGAUUGAUUUGCUUACUAUUGAGAUGAAUAAUAGGUUUUCCGAAUCUAGCACUGCAUUAUUAAGGUACAUCUCAUGUCUUGAUCCAAGAGACUCGUUUUCUAAAUUUGAUCAACAUAGUUUGAUUUGUCUUGCAGAACUCUAUUAUGAUGAUUUCUCUGCUAUUGACUUGCAUUUUUUGAGAAAUGAUCUAGAUAUAUACAUUUCUGAAGUAAGACAAAGUUCUGAUUUUACUAGUUGUGAAGAUCUUUCUAUCCUUGCAAUUAAGAUUGUUCAAAAUUGA